UUACGAUAAGAAAUUAAGAUAUAUAUUGCAUUAUGUUGUAGAAUUACUUGAUUCUAUAAUUAAAAAUGUGGAGGAUUUUAAUAGUCCUAUACUUCGUACAUGCACUUAUCGCCGGAGCAGACUACAGAACGUGCGGUAAUACUUCGUGUUAUCACAAUUCACUGUGCGAUUCUGGUGGGAACGCGUGUCAAUGCUCUCAUGGAUUUAUGGGCGAGACAUGUGAAGAAGAUUUCGACGAGUGUAUGGGUCAUGACCCAUGCUAUCAUAGAGGUGUAUGCAUAAAUGCAUUUGGAUCUUACUCAUGCCAAUGUUUACAAGGAUGGAAAAACGGUGUACAACAACAUUGUGAGAUAAAAACGAAUCCAGAUAUCAAUUUCCGUCGUUGCAAGCCUGGAUGGAUGGGUGAUCUUUGUUUGGAUGAAUGUUCAAUCAGCCACCACUGCGGAGCAAACCAAGUUUGCACGAAACAUGGGAGAGGUAAGAUAUGCGUAUGUCAGGCUGGAUGGACAGGAGUCAAUUGUACGACGGAAAUUGAUGAAUGCACAUCGCAGCCAUGCAAAAAUUUUGAAGUUUGUAGAAAUACGAUCGGCUCAUAUACUUGCGAAUGUCCAAACGGGUGGAAUGGCACUUCUUGUACUGAUGAUAUCGACGAAUGCACGAUAAACCCGUGCAAGAAUUCAGGAACAUGUACGAAUACAGACGGAUCCUAUUACUGUAACUGUUCACAUGGUUGGUUUGGUGUAGACUGUGAUCUAGUUCAACAACCUCGUUUUGAAGACACGGUACGAUCUGGUUGCACGAGUACCGGAUGGAAUAUAAGUUUAGAUGUCCGCAUUCUUCAGUCGAUUUAUCCUGGUAUUACAGCUAACAACAUUUACCUUGGCCCUUCUAAAUGUACAGGAGAACAACGUGACACAGAACUAUGGUUUAAACAGAGCUUUAAUGAAUGCAUGACGUCUGAAAAGUAUGAAGGAAAUACACAGACAUACCAAAACGUCCUAUUUUAUGCAAUAUUUGAUACUGUCGACCCUUCAAUUGUACGUCAUCAUUAUUGGUCGUACAAUGUCGCCUGCAAUUUCGAUCAAGGGGAGAGCACUUCGACGCAUCUUCAUCACAUUCAUGAAAGUUAUAGUUCGAAUAUAACGGGUCACCGCGAUAUUUCUAUAACUUUCUAUAAAGAUCACACCUACCAGCAGCAGAUUCAUGGAAACCCUUUAAGUGUCCAUGUCGGAGAUAAAGUAUUCGUCAAAGUGGCCACAUCGAUCAUGGAUUGGAACACUAAAUUACGAUUACACACCUGCCACGCGGUAUCAUCGGACCUUUCACGUGCUGAUCACAUGCUUAUUCGAGAUGGCUGUGAAGUAGACAAAAAUACUCAUAUCAUUUCACAAUCGACCCAUGAAACCAGAUUUGUGUUUCUCGACUUUGAGUAUUUAACUUUCAACGAGGGGUUUGACAUUUUUUGCAACGCAACAUUUUGCCAUUCUGAUGACUUCUCACCGGAGUGCACUCAAGCAUGUAGACAAAUCCCUCAAAUUGUUGGAUAGUACGAUCUGCUGAAAAAAAAUGGGUUUAGAAAGAUGCUUUUUCAUAUUUCAUUAGUAGAUUUAAGAAAAUGCCAAUCUCAAUAUUUCUUUAGUGAAUGUAAGAAAAGUAAAAUAAAAUGUCUUACAGA